AUGGCUGAGGACCUGCGUCGGCUCGAGCACGUGCGACUGCGCAACCGCCUCAAGCAGCAGCGCCACAAGGCGCGCUACGUCCACGAGCGCGACCUCCUCCGGGACCAGGUCGAGCACAUGACGCAGCUCGUCGCCUCGUGGCGCACGCACCCGCGCCUGGCGAUGGUGUCGUGGCGUGAUACCGCGACGGGCCUCCGCGACGCCGCAGCCGAGGCGCAAGCGGCGCUGCACGAGCUGAGGCGGAAGCACCGCAUCAUGACCGACACCGUGCGGAGUGCGCUGACGCUCGCGGCUUCGAUUUCGCGCCAAAACAACGUGCCCUCGCUGGCCCAAGACUUUGCGUGGGCGCGCACGACGCUGCUGGAGGACCCGACCGCGCGGCGCCUCGGCCUCGACUGGUUCACGCAGCACAUGUAUUUCAACACGGAUCGGAUGCUGGCGCGGGGCGGGUUUCCCAGCCAAGGCUCGUUCGCCGACGUCCUCGUGCAGGACUGCGGCAACGACUGCGUCGACGUCUUUGGCCGCGUCCAGGCCGAGUACAGCGUCUCACUUGAGGCCGCGUACGCGUUUCUGGCGCCGCGCAUCUGGAGCAUCCUUCGAGGCGACGCGAUGGCGCACACGUCGCAAGAGCUCGACAGCGACAUCACGGCCGCGAUCGACCCGAGCAUGGUCUACCGGCGGUACGCCGUGAGCGGCGACGACUCGCGCUAUUAUGCGGCGCGCGAGUUUCGAACGCCCGACCGCAUCGUCUUCUUGCUCGGCAACAUGGCGCAGGACGAGCUGCAACCGACAAGCGCGAUCUGGCGCCCGCGCCGCUUCUGGUUCGUCUUGGAGCGACAGGGCGACGGUCGCUGCCGCAUGCGCUUCAUGUGGUACAACGGGCCAUACGUCGUCCAAGGCAGCGCGGUGCCGUGGGACCAGCACAUUGCGCUCACAGAGCACGAGUACGACGAAGUCAUUGGCACGUCGCUGAGUCGCCACCAGUUCCAGACCUACCUCCGAGACAAGUACAGCGACGAGGACCACGAGUUGCUGGCCCUCCCCUCGUUGUAG